CGCAGGUAAUUUUACCGACAACACUCAAACGCAACAGCGGGCUGCUCCGCUUGCAGCCAAAGGAGCGGACAGCGCCACGCACGAGGCGGGUAUCGCUUCCACCGGGUGUGCAGGAAAACGGAGCAGUGCUGGAUUGAUUGGAUCUCCAGCAGAAGAGAGGACCAAGAUGGUCACAGCCUCCAUAAAUCUCAACUCUUCACAGCAUCUGUGAUGUUUUUGGGAGAGAGUGCUAUCCAGUUUGUCUCCGGUUCCUUUUCCCUGCUCUGAUGCUCGCUUCAGGUCAGUCCCCUGGGACCAGGAUCCAAAAACAGAAACCAGUAAGAAGCAUUAUGACUGACACGCAGCAUGUUGCUGAGGUUGGAUCCCUCCAGAGACGGAUUGUCAUGUUUUUCAUGAAGCAGAGUUGAUGGACAGACAGCUUUUCCUGCUUUUAGAUAGACAUUCAUGUGCCACAACUGGGAAUUAAGCAGGAAGGGGACUGAAAUACUUUGAGCAGGUAUUUCUCGUCAUUCCCUGGAAGACCUGCAGUAAAGACUGGAUCUUUUAGCUGUGGGGGGAACCAUUCUUAUGGAAAAUGGAGGCAGGAGCAGAGGCUAGUCCGCAUCAGCACCAGAGGAGGAAGCCUAUGCUGCACGGAUUGGAGGACCAGAAAAGGAUCUACACAGACUGGGCCAACCACUACCUUGCCAAGUCAGGCCACAAGCGUCUCAUCAAGGACCUGCAAACAGACGUCACAGAUGGAGUGCUGCUGGCUGAGAUCAUUCAGGUUGUAGCCAAUGAGAAGAUUGACGACAUCAAUGGCUGUCCCAAGAGCCGUUCUCAGAUGAUUGAGAACAUAGAUGCCUGCCUCAGCUUCCUAGCAGCAAAAGGAGUCAACAUCCAGGGUCUGUCUGCAGAAGAGAUUCGGAAUGGGAAUCUGAAAGCCAUCCUCGGCCUCUUCUUCAGCUUGUCCCGUUACAAACAACAGCAGCAGCAGGCCCAGCGACAAAACUCCCAGCCCACGCUCCCCCAAAGCACACACCCUCCCCUGAGCCACCAGAGCAGCGCUCCGGCACAGCUCAGCCAAUCUCCGCAUGGGACUCCCCUCACAACCCCGAAAGCAGCACAGGCCGAGAUGCAGUCCAGACUACCUGGCCCCACAGCGAGGGUGUCCACUGCUGGCAGUGACAUCCCUCCACGAGGCUCGGUCAGUGCUGCUGGGAACAGACGCAGUCAGGGCUUCAGUGACAAGACCAAAGCCAACUCACACCUGAACAAAGAUUCCUUUGAGGGCAUGACCUCACAACCUUUGGUGAUGACUGAGCAUGCUCCAUCAUCUGCAGUGACUGUCAGCUCCUCUACCAGCAUCCCAGCCACUACCUCCUCCCUGGUUCCUCCGUCUUCAUCGACAGCCAUCCCCCAGCCAAACAGUAACAGCAAGCCCUGGAGAAGCAAGUCAACCAGUUCGAAGCACACCUCCUCUCAACCUUCCUCCUCCGUGAGCACCCCCUCGUCUGCCAUGCAGUCCAGCAAGCAGGAGAAGGAUGCUUCCUGCUCCGGCAAGCUUGCCCCAUCAACCGAGGCUCCUCCUAAAGCUGUCACUCAGAAGUCAAUGCUGGAGAAGCUUAAGCUCUUCAACAGUAAAGGAGGAUCCAAAUCAUCCACUAACACCUCAUCUUCAUCCAAUGGAGUAGGGCCCCAACCAGACAACCCUCCCCCAGGCAGACAGCUUGGAGCAGGGCAUGUGGAGAGAUCUGAAACUGGCUCCAACACUGACCCCCUAGAGGAGGAUGAUGGUAACCUCAGGCCAGGACUUAAUGGAACCAGCAAUGGGACAACUUAUGUAGCAGCUCCUUCAGCAGGCACCACUGUCUCUACAACCGCCAGCAGCCCCAAAAUCGCUCUAAGGGGCAUUGCCCAACGCACUUUUAGCAGAGCUCUGACUGCCAAGAAGGGUUCUAUGAAAGGCCCUGAAAAAGACAAGGACAAGGAGAGGGGCAAGGAGAAAGACAAGGAGAAAGGGAAGGAUGUGGGGAAGCGUGUCCCUGAUAGAACAGAGCUGAGGGGAGAGGAACUGAAGGAGGAAGUUGCACCUGUUGUUGGAGAUGCUGAUGUGUCAAACAAAAGGACCUCUAAAAUAGCCAGUUUUAUUCCCAAGGGGGGUAAAGUAGCCAAAAAGGAGAGUUCCACCCCUGCACAUAGUGGAAUACCAAAGCCAGGAGGCAAAGUCCCAGGAGUUGGGGGCAAAGCUUCCUCAGUGAAGGAGGUGGGGGAAAGGCCUCGGAGCAUGAAGUUAGGAGGGGGUCUUGCCAUGCAUCGUGGGCCCCUUGACAGAGACAGGGACAGCAGAUACUCCAGCUCUACCUCCAGCCUGGCUUCUACAGAAGGAAAGUCCAUCACUGCCCCUGUGGCUGGAGGAGGCACUACACAGAGCACCGCCAGCAACACGGUCAGCGUGCAGCUACCUCAAACCCAACAACACCACAGCCACCCCAACACAGCCACUGUUGCACCUUUCAUGUACAGAUCCCAAACAGACAGCGAGGUUAUGGCAAACACAGAGAGUGGUUCAGGGGGAAGAAGUGGAGACGUUUCCUGCACCAAGAUCAGCCAGACCUCCACUGAGGACCUUUCAGGUGAAGAUCCAGAGACGAGGCGGUUGCGUACUGUCAAAAACAUCGCAGACCUGCGGCAAAACCUGGAAGAGACCAUGUCCAGUCUGCGAGGAACUCAGGUCACACACAGCACAUUGGAAACCACCUUUGAUGGCAGCGUCACCACAGACAUCAGCUGCAGCAGCGGUGGCAGCAACAACACCAGCGGAGGCAGCAGAAGUAUCCUCAGCCUCACCUCUGCUCGCUCUUCACUGUCAUCAUGGCGACUGGGCCAGUCGAGCCCCCGUUUGCAGGCAGGCGAUGCCCCCUCCAUGGGAAACGGUUACGGCGGCCGGGUGGUCGGUGGGCAGGGAGGACGGUACCUGUACCCUGGGCACCUACGACGACAGCUGGCUGGCAGGGGAGGAGCCCUGUGCAGCGUGGAUCUCGGAGAUAAAGCUGGGGAGGAUAUUGAGCUCGACGGGAUUGCCAUGGAGGUCACGGGAUACAUGAGCGAUGGAGAUGUGCUGAGCAAGAAUGCUGUGCGCACUGAUGAUGUCACCAGUGGCUACAUGACAGACGGCGGUUUGGGUCUCUACACUCGGCGCCUGAAUCGUCUCCCUGACAGCAUGGCCGCCGUUCGAGAGACACUCCAUAGGAAUACAUCAUCGGGACAGGGGGAUGCUGACAGCUGGGACGACAGCAGCUCUGUGAGCAGUGGCAUCAGUGACAACAUCGACACAGAUGACAUCAACACCAGCUCUUCCAUCUCCUCAUAUGCAAACACUCCUGCAGCACAGCGCAAAGGCCUCAGUACACAGCCUGUGACGGAUGCAGAGAAGCACUCUGCCUCCACAGCAGUUCACCAAGCUUGGACAGGAGACGAGGUGAAGAGGCCAAACGGGGGGUCGGACAGCGGGGUCAGAAUGGAUUCAGGCUCCAAAUGGAGCCGCAGGAACCCCUCUGAUAUCUCAGAUGAGUCUGACAAGGGAGGCUCAGGGAGGAAGACCACCUCAGUGUCCCACACGGGGUCCUGGAGAAGAGGAAUGAGCACUCAGGUGGGGGUGACGUCACCCCGGACUAAAAGCACCAGUAGCACAGGCUCCACAGGUUCGGUGGGCAUUAAGAGCCACAGUUCAGGUAAAACCGAUGACGUUAAGGUUUCAGAAAAGGGACGACUUUCUCCCCGUUCCAAUGGCCUUCAGCGCUCGCCUUCAGAUGCUGGACGCAGCAGUGGCGAUGAGGUGAAAAAACAGCCAGCCACCACCAGCCGUACGCCAACUACCAGCACACUUACACACACUGUCUCAGAUCCACAUUCGCAGACUCACAUAUUAGCUUCACGCACCCCAACCAGCACCUUUGGCUUCAAAAAGCAAGGCCAAGGGAUAAUAACCAUGGUUACUGCCAGCGGCGCUACCAUCACCAGUGGCUCAGCCACCCUGGGGAAGAUGCCGAAAUCUGGGACUCGCUCACUAUCAGGGGGCUUGAAGUCUGGUGGGCAGGAUGGGGGCUCAGGAAUGGGUCACCAUGACGAUGGCUUCCUCCCCAUGAGUGCCCGCUCCACACUGCAGUACCGCAGCCUGCCAAGGCCAAGUCGAUCAGGAGCAGCUGCCCGCAAUGGAAACCGCUCUUCUACCAGCAGCAUUGAGGCUGCUGUGCUCUCCGUCACCUCUCACGGGAAAAACUCUGUCAGCAUCGCCAAGCCCAAUGGAGGCCUGCUAGCCAAUCAAACGGACCGAGAGAAGGGUGUUUCUGAGACUGACAACCUCAGGAGCGGAGUCACGAUGCAGAGUGGAGGAGCAGCGACUGUUCCUCUGACAGGAAGACAGCAGGUCUCUUCACCUACACUGCGCAGGUUAUUUGGUGGGAAGCCCAGUAAACAGGCUCCAAUCACCACGACUGAAAACAUGAAGAAUUCGACAGUCAUCUCCAAUCCACAUGCUACCAUGAACCAUGUUGCUACAGUGCUGGAGUGUCCUGAUGGAGGGCUGGGAGGCGGGGACAGCGAGACCAGCAGCCCCCUGUUUGGAGGUCGAGCCCUGGGAUCAGGAACAGGGACGCUCGGUAGUGAACAGGCCUCCAGUCCAGGUUCAGUCUACUCUUCCACCGGCCCGUCCAACAGUCUGACGUGGGGGACCACUUUCAGCAGCUCCUCAGUCCCUAGCAGAGAGAGUACGCUGGGUGGACACGGGGGGGCAGGCAGCGUGGGCUUCCCUUCUGUCAGCAGCAUGCACACCAGCAGUGAGUCCAUCGACAUGAGUCUGGGCAGCGCUGGAGGUGGUGCCGGCCAUGGGACCCACAGGGAGGACACCCUAUCUGCUCUGGGUCGCACCGGCAGUGUCAAGACCGGCAUGUCUGAGAGUCCCCUCUCCUCCCCCUCUGCUAGCCCUAUAUUCAGCCGAAACACUCUUCCUCGGAGGCAGGACAGCGGACCACACUGUGGUAGAAACACUCUGCCUAAGAAAGGAUUCAGGUAUGGUCCAUCGCCACAGCUGCGGGGCCACGAGGAGGCCCGUGAUUGGCUGCGCUCCCACUCCACCAGCGGGCUGCAGGAGUCAGCCAGCAACUCCCCAUUCUCUCCUGGAUCCAGCCUCACCUCCCCCUCUGGUACUCGCUUCAACUUCGGACAGCUGGCAUCCAGCCCGACUUCUGCAGCUCAAAUAAAUCUAGCUGGUAUGCGCAAUAACAGCCUGACCAAUCAGGACGCCCCUUUCGACCCUUGCACCGACAACCGCCUGAGAAACUCCUGCAUGUCGCUUGAUGAGAAGACUCGCACCAUGAGCCGAUCAGGAUCCUUCAGAGACGGCUUUGAGGAAGUUCAUGGAUCGUCCCUGUCUCUGGUGUCCAGCACUUCCUCCAUUUACUCCACGAAUGAAGAGAAAUCUCAGUCGGAGAUUCGUAAGCUGCGUCGGGAGCUGGACGCCUCCCAGGAAAAGGUUUCCGCCCUCACGACACAGCUGACUGCCAAUGCUCACCUGGUGGCAGCAUUUGAGCAGAGUCUGGGCAACAUGACCAUUAGACUGAAAAGUCUCACCCUGACAGCAGAGCAGAAGGAUUCUGAGUUGAAUGAACUCAGGAAAACCAUCGAGCUCCUGAAGAAGCAGAACGCUGUUGCUCAGGCUGCCAUUAAUGGAGUUAUAAACACGCCUGAACUCGUGCCUAAAGGAGACCGGACAGCUGGAAGUAACAGCAGUCCGCAGCAGAAUCAACAGCCUGACCUGCGCAUCAGGCGCCAGCACUCGUCUGACAGCGUCAGCAGCGUUGCCAGCGCGACCAGCCACUCCAGUGUAGGCUCCAACAUGGAUGCUGAUGCAAAAAACAAGAAGAAGAACAAGAAAAACUGGCUGCGAAGCUCCUUCAAACAAGCAUUCACCAAGAAGAAAUCUCCCAAAUCGGCCUCUUCUCACUCGGAUAUUGAGGAGAUGACAGACUCGUCGUUGCCAUCCUCCCCUAAACUGCCUCACAAUGGCACCUCAGCCCCCACCCACAUGCUCAGGAAUACACACUCCAAUACGUUAUUGUCAGAGUGUUUGGACAGUGAGGCGGAGACAGUGAUGCAGCUACGGAGUGAGCUCAGGGAAAAGGAAAUGAAGCUGACUGAUAUCCGCCUGGAGGCUCUUAGCUCUGCGCAUCAGCUGGACCAGCUCCGGGAGGCCAUGAACCGCAUGCAGCUGGAGAUCGAGAAGCUGAAGUCAGAAAAUGACCGUCUGAAAUUGGAGAAUCAGGGCAGCAGGACAGGCUCCCAGGCCUCCAUCUCAUCCUCUCCUCCCCCUCACACACACAGCCAGACCCCUGGCCCAGGACUCUCACAGCACAGCCUCAACCUCGCCACCAGCGAGUCUACAAGCCUCGACAUGUUGCUGGAUGACACCGGUGGCGAGGGUGGGAUGAGGAAGGAGGGACGACACGUGAAGAUUGUUGUCAAUCUAGAUGAGGACAGCAAAUGGGGAGAGGAGAGCCGCCCUCGUCAUUUUCUGAUUGGCUGCAUUGGCGUGAGUGGUAAAACUAAGUGGGACGUCCUGGAUGGGGUGGUGCGAAGACUGUUCAAGGAGUACAUCACUCAUGUGGACCCGGUGACUCAACUGGGCUUGAGCACAGACAGCGUGCAGGGUUACAACAUCGGUGAAAUUCAUCGCCCGAGCAGCCCCAGCACGGCCAGCACACCUGAGCUGCUGCCUUGUGGAUACCUGGUGGGCGACAACACCAUCAACAUCCAGCUGAAAGGAGCCAGCAGUGAAAGUGUGGAUUCGUUUGUGUUUGAAACGCUGAUUCCGAAGCCGAUGCUUCAGCGCUACGUCUCCCUGCUGAAGGAACACAGACGAGUCAUCCUGUCGGGGCCAAGCGGCACAGGAAAAACCUACCUGGCCAACCAGCUGUCCCGACACCUGCUGCUGCUGGAGGGCCGACCUCUGACCCCAAACGCCAUCGUCACUUUCAAUGUGGACCACAAGUCCAGCAAAGAGCUGCGUCAGUACCUGUCAGGUUUGGCAGAGCAGUGCAGCAGUGUCUCAGGUGCAGACAGCCCCCUGGUGGUCAUUCUGGACAACCUACACCACAUCAGCUCCCUGGGAGAAAUUUUCAAUGGACUCUUCAACUGCAACUACCAGCACUGCCCUUAUAUCAUCGGCACCAUGAGCCAAGCCACAUCAUCUGCCCCCAACCUGCAACUUCACCACAACUUCAGGUGGGUGCUGUGUGCCAACCACACGGAGCCAGUGAAAGGGUUCCUUGGUCGCUACCUGAGGAGGAAGCUCAUUGAGAUGGAGAUUGGUAGCCGAACACGCAACGUGGAAUUGGUGAAGAUUAUCGACUGGAUCCCGCGGGUUUGGCACCACCUCAACCGCUUCCUGGAGACUCACAGCUCCUCUGACGUCACCAUCGGACCUCGUCUUUUUCUGGCAUGUCCAAUGGAUGUGGAGGGAUGCAGGGUUUGGUUCACUGAUCUCUGGAAUUACUCCAUCAUCCCCUAUAUGUUGGAGGCUGUACGCGAGGGACUGCAGCUGUAUGGCCGCAGGGCUGCAUGGGAGGACCCAGCAGCCUGGGUGAUCGACACCUACCCGUGGUCAUCAACUCCCCUUCCAGGUGACUGGCCCCCACUGCUGCAGCUCCGCCCGGAAGACGUGGGAUUCGAUGGCUAUUCUGCCCCAAGAGAGGGAGUCAGGAAGGAGCCGCCACAGAGCGACAGUGACGCAGACCCGCUGAUGAACAUGCUGAUGCGUCUGAAGGAAGCAGCAACGUCAUCAAGCCCACAGAGCUACGACAGCGAUUCCAACAGCAACAGUCACCAUGACGACAUCCUGGACUCAUCCUUGGAGUCUACUUUGUGAUGCUGUUGAAAUACAUUUAAUAUCAUUUUUUUUUUUUUACUGUUCUCAUAAUGAGAGCUACUUCUAAAUAUAAUCUCAUGCCACAAAAUGCAGCCACCUUAACUUGGGUGCAGGUAACCCUAUUAUUUAAAAGGCAAAAAAAUAAAAGAAAAAGAUAAAACUGCAUUUCAGUAAAUGGGUAACAAAAGUUUCUACUGCACUGCUGUUUUUUUUCACCGUUGUGGCCCAUGGCUCCUCCAUCAGGAGCCUGACAUCUACUUCAGACAGACAGAUUUCAAGCACACAGCCUGUCCUUGAUGGUGAGGCGUCAUUUUUAUCAUCUUCACCAGCCAUAAGUCCUGCCUGACUGCAGUGUACCAGAGCAGCCUGCAGAUGGAGAUACAGACCCUCAUAUUUGGAGCAUUGGUGAGCCUGCGCUACCACCCGCUGCUGGCUGGCUGGCUGAACAGCCAGUAUCCUUCUCUUCCAUCUCCACAGCCUAAGUUUCUGUGACUUGUGAUGGAUAAAUCAAGCCAAAGUGAGUGUUCAGACCUACAUGCCUGAAUUCAUUUUAAAAUGCCUGUUCCACAUCACAAAACCCUUGAGUUAAAAAGACCUGGUCUGAGGAGCACAUGAGUUACUGCCAGAUACAUCAUAAUGUGUUUUUUGGACAAAAAUCUUAAGAUUUGUCAUUUCUGUCUAAUGAUCACUAUACUAGAGAUCAUCUUGUGAAGAGAUCACGCCAGCUGUGACUGAUGAGUAGCUAUCAUGACAACCAGGUGUCCUCUCACUCUUUAAGAUCACUUUUGUUGUGCAACAGUGCUUUAAAAGUAAAACUGAACUGUGGAUCAGACCACGUCCAUCCUAGAAGUUGACUUUCAUUUUGAUUAUAUUACACCAGUAAAGUUUCAUGCAUGAUCAAUGGUGGUACUUCCUGUUUCAGCAGCCGUCUCUAAGACAGUGGUUCCCAAACUGGGGGCAAGUUAUGUCAAGGGGGGCACAGCUAGGCUAAAUAAAACUUAUUUUUUUAAUUGACAUUAUUUUUGUCAAUAAAAAGGGGGCCCUGCAAAAAAAGUUUGGGAACCACUGCUCUAAGACCACAGCUUGCCAUGUUGAUAGGCACAAACAGGAUUGGGAAUCAAAAUCAGUUACAAUAGGAAAAAAAUAAGAAAAAUACAGAGUACUGGAAUCUACCACUUGAGAGGCUAGGGACAUAUGCUAACAUUAGACUUGCACCCAUGUCUUCAUGCAUUGUCCUUCAACAUAAACAGAUCAAAACAUGAAUUUUCUUAUAUAAAAAAUUAACAUUGGGAAUUAAAAUGUUUACCAACUAAAUAUGAUCAAAACUAUGAAUCAAUUAAUAUGUGGAACUGAUGUUUUAGACAUUUUUCAAUGACAAUUUAACCUGAGACAUUGAACAGCAUGUGUUUGAGGGCUGCAUUCAGCUUAGAUUAAGUUUUGUUUACACUUAGGCAAUGUUAACUUACCAUCAUGUACAGCUGCCAAAUGUGGAAUGCAGCCCUUUUUUCUUUACCCCCACUUGAGUUCGCAUAUCAUUUCAGGUUGAAAUGUCUGGUGUGAAAAAAAAAAAGUUCUAACCAUUCCCUGCCUUGCUCACAAGGAGUACAAACCAGCUAUGCAAGGACAGAAGCAGGAAGCAACACUCACCACAAUCCUUGCUGUUGCUUUCUUUUUUUUGAGUUGGCAUAUCACACUUAACAAGGUCCUCGCUGAUAAUAUCCUUACAAACAGCUGGGAACCAUUUGCUCCCUGAAAAUAGUUCUUUAGAAAUGGAGCAGAAAAGAAAGAUAUCGGUUUUAUUGAUCAAACACACCCAUCAGAGCUGCUAAAAAAACAGUCCUUUGCAGCAUAGCAUGUACAGCUACUUUUAAAAGGCAAGAACAGAAUUAAGUUAACAAAAACCUUAAAAGGCUCAUUUUCUCUAACUCUCACUUUGGCAAGAUUUAUUCUUUUUUUCAUUUUUUUUUCUUUUGGGAUGUCCUAAAUUUGUGUCACUACUUUUUGUGUAAUUUUCCAAACGAUGCCUCUACCACUUACACAUUCUUACUUUGACCCAUUAAUCAUGCUGAGAUCUCAAUGCACAUUGGCCCAUGCAGGCUGUUGUAGCACAAAUCCUUUUUUGGUGCUGGACUGACUUCUAACAAACAAUGCCUUACUCUUUUCUAACAGACUAUGUGCAUUAGCUGAUUCUUUGUCUAGAUGGCUGUAAACUUAACAGGGCUGCGAGGCAACUCUCCUCACCAACCUGUGGUUGUCGAGGAGCGGCGUUGACCUCAUAUCAAUCACGGAUGCCGUGGGAUUGAAUAGACAUGAAUGAAGAGCAGCGCUUUGGGUUUUAGAUAAAGUUUUCUGCAUGUGUGAACCAGUGCUGAGAAGACUGUAAAUAUUUUGGUCUAAUUGCGAGAAAGAGGAAAUUUUAGAUGUGUUUUGGUGCUUAAAGUCAGAACCUGUUGGAUGAGGGAUGAUUUGUUGAUUUUAUCUGGUCCAUCCCAUCCUUUAAUUGUGCUUUUGCCACGCUUGUUUUGAAUAUGUGAAUGAGAUUUAAACACAUCAAAAUCAUUAAGUGAAAAUUAGUGUAUACGCUGCUUUGUUUAUAGUAAUGAAAUUAAUGAGAGGUUAAAGUUAUAAAGGUACUUUGGUUGAAUGAUAAAGGUUUGAUGUAUUUGUGAUUUUAAAAAUAUUGUACUUUUUCUUUCUUUUAAGCCUCCCUGUCUGCCUUCGAGGAAGGGCAAACAGAUUAAAUGGGGGUCACGUGGUCCUUCACUUUCAAUGUUUUUUGUCACGAAUCCUAUGCAACAUUCAUUCUGCUCUCCAAAUUGAAGCCAAAAGCUGAAGCGUAUUUGUCCCCUGAGCAGUUUUCAGUACUGCCUUCAAAAGUUCAGCAUGGCUCCAGAUUUAUGUCCAAUAAUCUUUGUGUGUGUGGAUGUGUGUGUGUUUAUUCCUUAAAGGCUGUCCUUGUACUGUCUUUGUAAGCACAACGAGUGUGACUCCGUCUGUGUAAAGCCUACUCUGAGGGAUGCGGAUGUUGAAGCAUUUGUCUGGUCUGUUUUACUACACAAACUAUGAAUGUUUAGCCUUCUUAGCCAUGUACAAUUUUUACAUGUAACAUAACUGUAAAUAGUUUAUCUUGCAGCAUUUUGAUGACUUUUUCUAGCCAAUUUGGUACAAUACUUGAAACUGAGUAUUUUGUGUACAGUCUCUUUACAUCAGAGAGGAUUGAUGCAGUUUAUCAUCACUUGUCUGUCCAGAUGUCGGAAAAUCUGUUAUCACUGUACUAGUAAGUUAUUGUGAUUCAAUAAAAUUUAUGAUUAUUUAUGA